AUGGGGGCGGGCGGCGCCGGGAUCGUGGAGGAGAUGGGGGCGGGCGGCGCCGGGAUCGGGGAGGAGAUGGGGGCGGGCGGCACCGGGAGCCAGGGAGGAGAUUUAGGAAAGGUAAACUUAAACGACCAGGCUGCCACCAAUAGACCGGAAGAAAAUGAACUGGUCUGGAGAUUGGAGGAGAAGAGUUCAGAGUUCACUCUCUUUGACUUUUCUGAGAUAUUGCAUGCUACACAUAACUUCUCCAAGGAAAAUCUACUUGGACAAGGUGGCUUUGGCCCUGUCUACAAGGGCCAAUUACCAGAUGGAAUGCAAAUCGCUGUCAAAAGGCUUGCCUCACAUUCAGGACAAGGUUUUACAGAAUUCAAAAAUGAAGUUGAACUUAUUGCAAAAUUACAACACAAUAAUCUCGUCAAGCUCUUGGGAUGCUGCAUUCAGGGAGAGGAAAAACUGUUGGUGUAUGAGUAUUUGCCAAAUAAGAGCUUGGACUUCUUUAUAUUUGAAAGAAACAGGACAGCCUUUAUUGAUUGGAACAAAAGACGUGUGAUAAUCGAAGGGAUAGCCCAAGGUCUUCUCUAUCUCCACAAGCACUCUCGGCUACGCAUCAUACACAGAGACCUUAAGGCCAGCAACAUUCUCUUGGACCAGGAUAUGAAUCCUAAAAUUUCUGAUUUUGGCCUAGCAAAAAUAUUCAGCUCCAAUGAUACUCAGGGAAGCACAAAGAGGGUAGUUGGAACAUAUGGUUAUAUGUCUCCGGAGUAUGCCUCUGAAGGCAUUUACUCAAUCAAAUCAGAUGUGUUCAGCUUUGGUGUGUUACUUCUUGAGAUCCUUAGCGGAAAAAGAAAUUCUGGUUUCUAUCAGUAUGGAGACUUUCUUAACCUUCUUGGAUAUUCAUGGCAACUAUGGGAAGGAGGAACAUGGAUUGAGCUUCUAGAUGCAUCAAUUGCAAAGGAGAUCUGUACAUCAGAUGCUAGGAGGUACAUUAACAUCGCACUGAUGUGUGUACAAGAGAGUGCAGAUGAUCGACCCACCAUGUCAGAUGUUGUUGCAAUGUUAAACAGCGAGAGUGGUAUUCUUCCAGAACCAAAUCAUCCAGGAUACUUCAACCUAAGGGUAUCUAAGACACAUGAAUUUUUUGUUCCAUGUAGUAACAAUGAUGUAACCAUCACUGAGGAGCCACAUGGCAGAUAG